AUGUUAAAAUCUCCAUUUCCAUAUUUUACUCUUGGAACUAUUGUACGUGGUUUUGGACGUGGAAGUAAAGAACUUGCUUGUCCAACAGCUAAUUUAGAUGAAACUACAGUAGAGAAUUUACCAACAACCAUUGAUGAAGGUGUUUAUUAUGGAUGGGCACAAUUAUUAACAAAAACAAAUCAUGAAAUUUAUAAAAUGGUAACGAGUAUAGGAACAAAUCCUUUUUAUAAUAAUGAAAAAAAGACAAUAGAAACACAUAUAAUGAAUGAAUUCGCAAAUGAUUUCUAUGGUGAACAACUAAAAAUUGUUCUUCUUGGUAAAAUCCGUCCAAUGAAAACUUUUCAAAAUUUAAAUGAAUUGACUAGUGCUAUUCAACAAGAUAUUACUACAGCUAAUUGUGAACUUAAUUCUAAUCGUUGUCGACAAUAUUUAAAUCAUUCAUUUUUUAAAAAAUAA